CUGGACGCGAUCGCCGCAAUUUCAACUUAGCUGAUGCUGCAUUGCUUCGAAAACGACGUGUUGGCUCUGUUAAGCUACGAUCUUCACCGACUUGGCAUCGACUGACUUCGAAGGGAGAUGUCUGGCGUCCACGACAACAUUCCCAUUCAGUUAGAGAUGGGCCUGUAUAAAGGGACUAUCGUCCGGUUCAAGGACCCAUAUUUUUCUCCUUCCCUCUCUCCUCCCCUCUCUCGCUGGUCAUAGCCUUUGUCUGGGUUUUGACGGUGCCCCUCGUCUAUUUUUGUACUGUCUAUUCGAGAACGAGAAAUGGUCGUUCUUCUUCCGCUCCUUCUCUCGGCCGCCACGAUCGCAUCCGCCCAGAAUCUCGUCUCCGGGGUAGGGAGAUUGUCACUCAGCGCUGGUGCUAGCCCUUCUGCGGCGGGUAGCGUAAAGUUCAGCUCGAACGUCCUUUCGUCGGCUGUAGGAUCCAUUGUCAGCUCUGUCUCCGAUGGCCCCAACCGUACGAUUGACAGUGCCCUCCCGACCUCGAAACUCUAUGGUGUCAAUUUCGGUAACUGGUUGGUCUCUGAGCCCUGGAUGAACCCCACGGAAUGGCUCGCUAUGGGCGGAGAGUUCUGCGAGAGUGGUAACUGCGAGGACUGCCGCCAAUCUGAAUGGUCCCUCGCCAUGUACCUUGGCCGAAAUCAGACCAAUGCUGUCUUCAAGCAACAUUGGGAGACAUGGCUGACGCAGGACGACGUGAAUGGGAUUGCUGCCGCCGGGCUCAACGCCGUUCGUAUACCCGUACCUUUUUGGAUCGUCGAGGAUAUUGUAGAUCAGAGCCGUGAGCCGUACGCUCAGGGUGGUUUGGAUGAGUUGAUCCGUGGCCUCUACAUGUUCAAGGAUGCAGGUUUGAAUGUCAUUCUCGACCACCACGCCUUGCCGGGUGUCUCUUCAUCCGGCCAGAUGUUCGCAGGGAACUGUACUACCCAGGUCGAAUUUUACGACUCUGAGGAUAACUAUAAUUACAAGCGCGCCGUUACCUGGUCCAUCGUCAUGGCCUACCUUUCUCAUACCCAUCCCGCCUUCGAGACCGUAUUCUCCAUCGAAGCCGUCAACGAGCCCACCCAAAAUGCUACCCAGACUCCCGGCAUUGGUGACUUCUACACCGCGUUCGUCCACGGUAUCCGCGCCAUCGAGGCUUCAAUGGACAUCAUCUGCGACGAUUCUUUGGAUUUGGGUGCUGUGACCGACUCUAUUGCCCUCUCGGCGUUCGUGGAUGCCCUCCCGAUUAUUGCCAAACUUUCGGACCAGUACGGUAUCGGUCCUUUCGACUCCUUCGAUUGGGACCCUCUGUCGAACGUCACUUCUUUGAGCAUCGGAGACGUCCUCACGUCCUUCGUUGGUAGUGGAGACCGUCAAGGGAAAUGCCUUUCUACGCAGACCAUGAACCAAGGGUGGCAGGGAACUGGCGGCGUGAAUCCUGCAAACUCUGCUAUCGGCCCCCAGAUUUAUGACAAUCAUCUGUACUUCAACUUUGGCGGUGUGGCCCCCAAUGCGACGGAAGACUCUUAUAUGACAACCAUCUGCAAUAACACCAGUGUCGCUGCUGCUGCUCUCGUUGAUAACGCUCCUAUGGUCACCGGUGAAUGGUCUCUUGCGACGGGGUUCAACGCCACCGACGACUGGCUCAAGAAAUGGAGUGACGCUCAGAAAAUGGCAUGGGCUCGGGGAGGUGGAUGGCUCUUUUGGAACUGGAAAAUCGACACCGAUGCACAGUCAUAUCCAAUUGUGGGCCAGUACAAGCAGUGGUCUUACAAGGAAGCUCUCGCGGCCGGGCUGUUCACCGCAGAUCCCGCGACGUACUUCGAUGACGACGUCUGCGCUCCAUACCUCAACGCCACCUCGGCUUGAGGAGCCCUCGUAUUUAUUCGUUCGUUAAGGCAAAUUAAGUGAACACUCGAUGUUAAUAUCGCUAAUGCCACAGGUCGUGGCUUCUGUCCUUCACUCACGCUGUCUUGUGCCACUCUUUUGAUUUAUUAUAUGCUUUAUACGUAUAACGCA